GGGGCGUCAAUGCGUGUAUUCGUAUGCCUGUCUGAUGAAGAUGCAGCCCGACACCUGCAUGCAUGUCCCUAACUCUUACUGCCUAACUGCGAAUGGCUCAUUAAGUCGGCUAUAGUUGAAUUAGACUAGUGAUUGUAAAGCUAAUACGCAUGCGCACAGCCCGAUUGCGGCCCAUGUUCCUGCCCCACCUCCUCCUGCUCCACUGCGCCAUUCCAAGUCUUCAUCCUUCCGUGCCUGUCGUGCAUGCAGUACAUGUCGUACCCGCCCCUCUGCUGACCCCCUGACACGCCCCCGUGUGUGUUAAAAUAACUGGCCGCGAGUAGGAACAUACUGGGAUGUCGGAAGAUGAAGUCCCCACAGAACCGCCGCAGGAGCCGAGGAAUAGGGUAGCGUAUGUACAUAUAGAAGUCCAAUACUGGUGCUGAGAGUAAGUAGGACGUAAGAAGCACUCUCGUAAAGCGACCGGACCGAAGGCCCGUAGUAGUAAGUUGAGAGUAUGUAGUAGCUGACAAUAUCGAGUAAAGUAGGUAGGUAGAUAGGCUGGAACUGCUGCUGAACAGGUAGCAAAACAGGGGAGCAUGCCGAGACGUCGCAGUGCAUGCGCGAGCAAAACAAGACAGGCAAAGCAAGUGCAAGACCACUAUGUGCGGAUGUUACCGUAGACUGACCUGCAGGCAGGAACGAAAGCAUCCGGCAGCCAGCAACCAGUGUCAAUAACCGACGGCAAGAAGAGGAACAUGCGAGGGCGGGAGAAAAGCAGGAACACACGUGAGCGCCGCAACCUAACUACGCUGAACCUAAUUGAACUGCAAGGCGAACAAGGAAACAGACAGAUAUGGCAAACAGUGCGCAUGGGAUGCCGUACGACAAUGCAGAGAUGCGCAUGCCAGGGGAAGGAGGACUGGCGGGCUGGCUCCUAGUGAGCUCCCCACCGCACCAGGCCCCGAGUGCCUCCAUGCAUGCGGGCACCAGGGGACGUGUGCAAAACCCAUGGGCACAAGGCAAAGAGUAGGCAGUACGCAAGUGACAGGCACAGACGCUAUGUAACCGCGAAGAACCCAGUGAAGUGACGCGACGCCACGGAGGGGCCACCAAGCCGCCCAGCGCUGGCGCGUAGAACCCAGAAGCUACAUGGAGAGGGCCGUGCAGUCGGAUAACUGCAGUUGCCACUUGGAAGAGGAAGCCGCCCAGAGCGCCUGGAGCUCCGAGGGGACCACUGGUGGAGUGAAGGUGGGGAUCAAGCUCCAAAACGCUCCAAAACGCACGCCGCGAACACGGGGUGACUAGCGACGCGAACUUGGCAGCCGAGCUCCGGUCCAUGUCGCCCGCGUCUCGAGGAUGGUCUUGGAUAAUGCGAGUGCCAACUAACACGCCGCAACGCACACAUACCUUUGCGAAGCAACGACCCAAUUUACGUGCUGAAGUUGCAAUGUCGAGUAAGGCGAGCUGGAACGUAAUGGGCGAGCGGCAAGCUGUGGCGUGGGCGUUUGAAACCCGGCUGGCUGACCAAGCUGAGCUGGCUGACCCGACCGCAAUUAAGAAGCCGGGGAGAUUGUGCGUGUGUUAAAAUAACUGGCCGCGAGUAGGAACAUACUGGGAUGUCGGAAGAUGAUGUGUGUGUAUGUGUGUAUGUGUGUAUGUGUGCUGCAGCACCGGCUGUACGGCUACCGGGGUAUCAUCGUGGACUGGGACCCGGUGUGUGAGGAGGAGGAGGGCUGGAUCGCGCGCAUGCGGGUGGACGCGCUGCCGGGGGGCGGCAGGCACCAGCCUUUUUACCGAGUGCUGGUCAGCAAUGACACUGAUGAGGAGCGUGGGGUUGGGGGAGGCGGCGACGGCGGUGGCAGAGCAGCAGGAGGAGGAGGAGGAGGAGGAGGCGGUGAAGGGGGUGGAGGGGGUGCUGAGGAGGUGGAGGAGGAGAGCGAGGGAGGGCGGCCAGAGGGGUGGUUGCGGCGGCGCCGGCCGGUGUGGCGACCCACGGGUCGGUCCUGCGGGCUGCCGGGGCUGCACACCCGCCCUCCGGCAAAUGAGACCUACGUGGCGCAGGUGAACAUCCACGUCCUGGUUCCACAGCAGCAACCGCCGCCGGCACAGCAGCCGACACGGGAGGAGCAGCAGCGACAGCAGCAGCAGCAGGAGGGGCAACAGGCGCAGCAGCAGCAGGAGGUGGUGGAGAAGAGUGCGGGCGGGUCGGGGUCACGGGCAGCUGCUGCGGUGGCGGCAGCACCUGCAGGACCGCAUCCCGACAUCCCACCGUCACCACCGCUGGAGGGCGGAGGCAGCGCAGGCGGAAGGGCUGCAGCUGCUGCUGCUGCUGCUAUUCCUGCUGCAGCUGCGGAGGGGGCUGCAACGGCAGCAGCUGCUGCUCACAUGUUGCCGUACGACGACGACGGUGAUGAUGCGUACGAACUUCCGCCGGGAGUACCCACUAUUGCCGUACCGCACAACUUCCAGAUCCGCCACCCCGAGUUGGGUCAGUACUUCGAGGGGCGGCGGGCGGGGCGGCAGCUGCGCUACACACCCAAUGCAGCGUUGAGGUACCGCUUCCCUGAGGACUGGCCGG